AUGGACCAAAGAGACCACAGCCCUGAGGACAAACCCGAAUCUCUCAACCACACCCAGGGACCUCCCACUACACAACCCACAGCAACUCCUGUCAGCCAGCUGCCAGAAGAUCCAUACCAAUCUCCUUCCCAGACACCGCUGGCCAAUGCUCCAGCAGAGUCCCCACUAAUCACACAUCCGGCAUCCAAUACAAGCCCUCCUGCAGUGAACCCAGAGUCUUGCCUUGGCUUGUAUCCCCAGCUUCCUCUCCCUGGACAGGGGAGAGUGGGAGGCAGGCUUGGAGUGUCUUUCUGCUUCUCUCGUAGGGGGCCCAGGCUUGAGCCCUCUGCGUCUGUCUUCUCAGACCUGGAAGAGGAGGAGAGAGAGAAGAGGGAACAAGUGAAAGAAAGGAUAAAGGAAAUAAUGGAAGAUAUUGACAGGGAAAUUGGGGAAGUAGAGGAGAGGAAACACAGUGAGAGUGAAAAGCUUAAGUCCAGGUCUGACAGCGUCGGACCAAGUGACAUCGAGCUAAUCCCCAGAGAGGCUGCCGGAGGAGAGGACAAAAUUGAAAAAAGAGACAAAGUGAAAGAACACUCUCCUGUUUCCACAGCAGCACCUGAUAAUCAGAACCAUUGCACACUAUUCUUGCCAUCACAGAACCAGGUGACCAUAUGGGGCAAAGCGCUAGCAGUGGCACAUGUGGACGCCAAUCAUACAGAUAGCGAGACAGAAAGAAAGAAAGAAAUAGAGGAGGUGAAGGAGGAGAGUCAGCAUAUGUGUGUGCUGGGGAAAGAUGGCUCUACAUGCCUGAGAUGGCCUGUCAGUUUGCUCAAGUUUACCAAGUCUCAGCCAUACAUCUGCUACAGCUGCAAACCACUCUGCCUGAACCUCCAACAAACAGAAAAACUCACAGAGGACUUGCAGGAGUCACCACAAAAUCAGUUGUGUGCUCUCUCAGGUGAAUCAAAUCUACGUGUGCCAGCUAUUCUUAUACCAGACACUCAUACCUGUUUACAAAGACAGACAAAACAAGAAGUGAGAGCACACAGACAAGAAAAAGCUGAGGAGAAUUUCAAGGCACAGCAACAUAUUGAUGUAGAGACAGAGGAACACCUGUUCCUAAAAAACAAAAACCUUUCAUCAUCAGAAACAAAAGCAGAAAGAAAAAGAUGCACAGUAAAUAUGAAGAAUUGUGUGAGGGCAGCCUCCCAUCCAUUUGACCCCGCUCGAAGUGACAGCUAUGAUACAAACUCCCAGAAUCCUCUGGGAAGCAGAUUAGGGGGUGCGAGAGGGAUCGGGGAGAGAGCCAUCACAACACUGAGCUGUAAAUCAGAGUCUGUCAUCCAGCCUGGCACACAGGGGAUGUGCAUCAGCCCAUCCAGGUGUGAGUAUGCCAGUGCUCCACAGCCGGACGUGGGUGUCUCAGAAGUGUCACGCAAAAAGAGAAGAGCCAGCACAAAGAAACACAAGCUGGGAAAGAGGAAGAGGGGAGAGAAGGAAAAAGCUUCAAACAAGCACCAAUCAGCAAGGCGUAAAGUGAGGAGUGUUGUCUCUACAGUCUCUACUGGCAGCGAGAGGAGAGCAGAAGCUGGAGGGAGCUGGGGGAAGGAGAGGAGACAAGGGGAGAUGGGGGAGAUGAGGAUGAAAAGGAGGAGGAGGGUGCAGAGAGCAGGGAGCAGCUGUCUCCUGGGGAGAUGUGAGGCUGAGCCAGUAUCUGUCUCUGUCAGGAAGAGGAGGCCUCACAGGAGCCACAGCACUGAAUCCCAGUCACAGGCAGACAGAGAGCAGGCAGAACACUGCAGUGCCUCCUCCCAGCUCACCAGACACACAGCAGACAGAGAUACCAAGGGGGAGGGAAGGCGAGACAGAGAUGCAGUGACUUUUCCCUGGCGGUCUCACUUCUCCUUACACUCCCUCUCACCAGGAUGUAACUCAAAGCUGUUUUGGGAAAGGGGUCACCAUAGCAACCCCAGGAGUUUCAUUGACUGCUGUUACCCUGACAACAGCUGUGGUUGCAGCCCGGCGAGAAAGAGAAAACUCCUCCACAGGGACAGGAAAUUCAUUCAUCGUAAGAGGAAGAGUUUGAGGCAUAGUGAAGUCUGGGAGGAGGCAGGGAGGAACAGGAAAAUGGGAGGGCGUUCAGGUUGCAGAGACAGGGGACUGAUUUCAGAUACAGAACAGUGGGAGUGGAUGAGAGGGAGCUGUCCCGGAGGGUGGAGAUCGAGGAACAGAGCAGUGGAGUGGGAUCAGGUGGCGAGGUUUAGCCCCAGUCCGAGCAGCUGGGGCAGGAGAAGCAGACAUCUUAGCACAGAAGAUGUGGACUGGGACAGGUGCAGUGUGGACAGAUGGACAUGGGGCAGCAGCGACAGCUGGGAAGACAGGAGGACCCACAGAUCAAUGUCAGGCUCCAGGACAGGGGCAGACAACAGAGACAGCCCAGGUUGUGUGUGGAAGUGUGCAGGCCCCAGACAGCCAAGCUCAAAACACUUCUCCAGCCCGGAGUGGUGGACAAGUAGGCAGACAUACAGCCCCCAGAGUGUGAGCAACACACGGGCCAGCAGAUGCCACAGCCCACGCUCCUGCAGCCCCUGCAGCAGCACCAGCAUGUCUGAGCUAAGCUGGGAGUGGAGCAGGAGCAGUACAUGCUCAGGAGUCACAGUGGAUGGAUUGACAGAUAACUCCUGCAGGACAUCCUCAGGAGCCCCAUCUGAGGUUCCUCAGGAGACAAAGAAGCAGAGCAACCCCACAUCCACUCCAUCUGGCUUUAACUCUAGCUCAUUCUCUCAUUCCUCGCCCCACAGAUCCACUUUUGCUCCCACAGUCCCAGGUCUAAACACACAACAUUGUGAUACAAGUCCUCCUCAGCUGAAGAAACCCAAUUCACAGUGCAAUGCGGGUCUUGGGCCCUCUGCCCCCGUCCUAACAAGCAGGUCAGGAGCAACUCCAGGACUAUCCCCCAGUAAAUCUGUGUCACAGAAAUCAGCCAGAACAUUGCUCUUCCCUCUCAUAGGGAAACUACCUGCAAUCCAGAAGAAAGCUAGGAGGAAAAAAGGGCUGCUGGAGAAGAGUCAGGAGAAGGAGGGAGAGGAUGAAGAGGAAGCUAAGGGCAGUGGAGUGGAUCCUGGUGCAUUUGUCAGCAGUCAAAAAUGUCCUCGGGAUAUGGCUGAGUCAAAUCCAAGCAGCACGCCAAAUAUCUGCCCAUCACAGAUUAGAACUGAUGACAAACAGACAGGUGGAGAGACAACUCCACCAAUCAGCUUUACUGCUGAAGAGAUGGACAAAUACCGCCUUCUCCAAGAGCAGGCGAGAGAGCACAUGCAGAAGGUCCUCGAACAGAUGCAAGAGGGUGCAGACACACACAUAGAGACAAGCUACACACACACAGCACAGGCAGACGCUUGUGGAACUUUGGAGGAACAAUACACACUUGCACAUUUGCACGAUCCUUCACAGCCUCAAACCCAGUCAGUUCACACAGACACGAUGCAAACACAAGCACAGCGCACCCUUGAGGUCAGUGUCCCACUUCCACAUGUGACCUCACGAGAGAAUUUUACUCAACCUGUGGCUCUGGGAGUCCCCAGUCUCCCUCCGCUUCCACCAUCUCCCCCUCUCUCCAGCCUCCAUCAUAUCAUUUUACAACACACAGCCUUCUCCAUGCCCUCAUCUUCCUCAUCCUCUUCCACCCCGUCGCCCUCUCCUGCCAUCCACCCGCACCCAGUGCAGAUCCCUCACCCUCUGCCCCCUCUCCACCCCUCCCUCCCCCAUCACCUCCAUCUCUCUCCCUUUUCCAUAUCCUCUCUGUUUCCAUCUAUCCUGCUGUCUCAUCAUCCCAUUCCACUCCUCCCCCAGUCCCCCGCUUUUCACGCGACUUCACUUGCUCCGCUCUCCCCAGUAGCAUUGCCACCCUUGAACCCUCAGCCUUUUAUGGACAGAGCAUGGCCGGUGAGGUUUCAACAGAAGGCGUUGUGAUUUUCACGGAGAGGCUGCCAUGUUUAUUAAUCUUCUUUGGCAACACAGACGAGUGAGAGAGGGGGAGGUGCAUUUUCGUUUUGGAUAAAAGCCUGUUAUUUGAAAUGGGGAUGUAUCAGCGCUUUUACUAGCAUCAACUCCAGCUCUUACUCACAUAUGCCCUCACACUCACACACGAAGGCACACUUACAGACAGUCCAACUAUUGACUGUUUUCAAAUAAAAUUUUGUUUCUCCAUCUAGCGUCUGCUGUGUUGUAGCAGACAGUGAGAAAACACACUUUGAUCCUUUGCUUUUCCCAUCAUUCCUCAUUCAGACCCAGAAUAAAAGGUAAGGUGCACCUGCUAUUCAAAGACAAGCUGGGCUUAUGUCAUCCUCUCUUUCCUUCUGAACCUCAGACAGACCAGCUGCCUUUUGAAGUAUCCUUCAUGCAAGGGACAGAGGGGCGAGAGAGAGAGUGAUAAUAUUCUCCCCUUAUCUCCAUUUCAUUCAGGUUAUCUGAGUUAAAGAGUGACUUUCAACAAACAUAAAUAACGUUCCAGGGACCAGGGGGCAUAGCACAGCCAUUUUAACCUUGGUGUAUACUGUAUUUGUGUGUUUGUGUGUGUGUAAGAUAGAAGUAAUUCUGGACUGACACACAUAUACCCAGUAGGAGGAACAACAACUAAUUUCCAUAUCUGACACAUGUAAAGACUAGUUUUUUCUCUAUAGUGUAAAUACUCGGACAAUGAGUGAUAAUAUUAGAAUCAUGUCAAACAGUAAAAUAAAUGAUGAAUUUAACCUUAACCAGUAGUACAAAGCUUAUUCCACAU